AUGUUUUUCUUAAAGGAUUUAUCAUUAAAUUUAACAUUACAUCCAUCAUUUUUUGGACCACAAAUGGAUCAAUAUUUAAGAGAUAAACUAUUAAGUGACGUAGAAGGUACAUGUACGGGACAAUUUGGUUAUAUUGUAUGUGUUUUAGAUUCACUGCAUAUUGAUGUUGGUAAAGGUAGAAUAAUUCCAGGUACAGGUAUGGCAGAAUUUGAAGUUAAAUAUAGAGCAGUUGUUUGGAAACCUUUUAAAGGUGAAGUUGUUGAUGCUGUUGUUCAUACAGUUAAUAAAAUGGGAUUUUUUGCUGAUGUUGGUCCAUUAUCUGUUUUUGUUAGUACACAUUUGAUCCCUUCUGAUAUGAAAUAUAAUUCUUCUGCUAAUCCUCCUUCUUAUUCAAGUAAUGAUGAACAUAUAGAAAAAGGUUCAAGAGUAAGAUUAAAGAUUGUUGGUACAAGAACUGACGUUAAUGAAAUUUAUGCAAUUGGAAGUAUAAAAGAAGAUUAUUUAGGUCCAAGUCCAAUGUAA